UAGCUUAAAAAUAAAUCGAUUGGCUAAAAAAAUUCAACUGUUGCUACUAUAAAAAACUGUGAACUACCACGGUUCCUAAGAUACAGCCUGGUGACAGGGAUUGGAGUGACAGGGGACAGAGACCGAACUCUCAAUAAUAUUGUUAAGAUUUUACGCAUUGGGGACGGACCCCUAAAAACUGACAACAGAGUUUCAAUUGCCUGAGAUAUGCAAGACGUAUCUAGUAUGUGACUUUCUUUGGUGGGCGGGGUACUACUUAUGUAUAAAAGCGUCGUCAGGAGAUCAACGCGAGUAUUACAGAGAUCACUUUUGUGCCAAUAUGAAGGUGUUUGUAGUAACAGUAUUAUGCGCGUUAGCGGGCUGCGCAGCCGGAUCAGCGAUAGCCUGGCCGGGCGCCAUUGCCGUGUCCUCACCACUUGUGAAGACCGUGAUCCCAGGACACACCAAAACAACUGCCUAUUCAACAACACAGUACAUUAACGCGGUGCCAGGAUCGUAUCCGUUUGCCGCGCAGCCACAAUAUGCCAUCCAAGUGCCGCAAGUAAACAGCUUCCAUGCUCUGCACCCUGGAUACUUCCAAGUGGCCGGACAUUCAUACAUCCCCGCAGGAAACGUUUACUACCCAUCAGCGCCCGCUUUUACUCCAGUGUUAGGCUCUGCAUACCCAUCUGCCCCGAUUGCACCUGCCUUCCCAAGCGCUCCUGCUUACCCCAGCCCUGCUCAACCAUCUCCUCCCAGCCUUCAAGCGCCCGCAGCUGGAGAUGCUGAUUCCGCUGUUGUAGACUCAGCGGAGUUCCCUCCUGAACAGCCAAGGCAACCAGAAUCUGAAGCCAUGCCAUCUCCUCCAUCUCAGUCCCCAGCUCCAGAACCAGCCCAGCCAUCCGCCCCUCAGUUCCCUCCUUCCAACACUUUCCCCAACUUCCCUUCAUAUCCGCAAAGUCCUCAGCAAGGUGAACAGCCCUCUUUCCCACAGUUGCCACAGCUCCCUCAAAUCCCUGGUUUUCCCCAGUUCCCGCCAAAUGGUUUUCCCCAAGAAUCUCAAUCUCCAUCAAACUUCCCCUCGGCCGGUAAUGGCGCUAUGGGCCUAUCCGACGAAGACACCGUGUCCGUAGAGGCAGCUUAGAGCAAACUCAACUAUUUAGUAUUUUAAUGAUAAUUUGGAUUGUUACGUUCCCACCCAAUAAUGUCAAUAAAUAUAGGAGAUCAAAGACUUGUUUUCGAGAGCCGACAUAUUCAUCUGAUUGUAUUGUAGUGCAUAAAAUACAUUUCAAACAGAAUGUCUAACAUAUUGCAUGGAACUUUCAACACUCGUGCGCAGAAUACAACAUGUAUCAAAAAUGUAAUAAACCAUUUAAAAAUG